CGCAAUUUCGUCCUUUCAACGCGACUCGGGCGGGCAAUUUGAGCAACUGCUGUUGUUUGUGUCACCCGUGUGGCGAUACUACUCUACCGAUUGUCAAGUAAAUCCAAAGAUAAUCGGUUAUCUCACAAGGAAAACCGGUCAGUAUGAACGAAGGUACUCCUAAAAACGUAAUGGCGGAAUCUAAUAAUCUUAACGGGUCGCAGAGAAGACGGUCACCGCGCUUGAGUUCUCCUCCAGCUAACGUUAAAGUUAACACUGACAACAAAAUGGCGAUUGCUGUUAAACGCUCCAUUACUGUGAGGAAAAUAGCACCCAGAAAAACAGUUGCACCGUCGGAGCAUAACAAGGAGAACACGCCGAGCCAGCCGAAGAUAUCGACCCCGGGUCCUGUCCCUGGUCGUGGGGGCUCUUCCUCGGUCAAGAAGAAGCAGAAGGCCACUAUUCUCUCACCGAUCCUCGCCUCCUCACCGCCGGCCCCUUCUCGCCCCCAGCAGCCGGCAGCGGCUCCAGAGGAAGCGGUGUGGUCGCAAAAAGUGCGCCGGUCCUACAGUAGACUCAGCGACAAGUCCUUCAACAGCCCCGACUCCAGGGAGAACCUUUUCGGCUUUGAUAAGAUGAACACCCCCGAGGUGAUGCGGAGAGUCGUGCAAUCCAAGAAAGGUCUGGAGGCAUCCUUGUCUGGUCUGAACUCAUUCACGUCUUUGCUUGAGGCAGGUGGCUGUGGUUUAGCUUCACCCGAGAAAGACUUAAACAUCCCCGGAGUAGCAAUGGUGAAGGAGAAGAAAAGGAGGAGGAAGGUCCAGCAGAUAGGCUCCACAGAGCUGGAAGCACUGGCUGCCCAGAUGAACGCAGAGUUUGACGAGGCAGAGGAGUUUGAGUUGUUGGUGGAGUGAAGGACUGAAGGAAUCUGAUAGCAUGUCAUUUUUCGUCUCGGACAUGCUGGAAAACACUGACUCUGAGAGGACAACACUGAUCUUCAUACUCAAAAACAUUCACGUUGUUGUAUAUUUCCAGCUCUAUAAUGUACAUUUGGAUUCUUUGGAGUUUCGUAUGUUUGGUUGUUCAUUGAAAUGCUAUUAAUGUGUUUUUAGGACAUUGUUGUGUGGCCCAAUGAUCAGUAGUUAGACAAGUAAAACCUAAAACAUGUUCUUUGUGUUGGUUAUUAUGGAAACGCUAUACAGAUUUUGUUUACUGUGAUCUGUGAACAAAACUGCAUUUUUAUAAGUUUGGUUUAAAAUGGGCUUUAACUAUAAAUAACUGUUCAGUCCCAAAAUGGUUGAUUGUGCACAAGAUAUAUAGAAGGAGCAUAUUUGACAGUUUAAUAUAGAUUGUAAUUGCAUGUGAAAGCUGAAGUUUUGUAAACUUUGAAACAUUAUUUUUAGGAAUGGUAGGAUCCGAGAACCAUACAAAGGGACAAUUGUCUAGCAGGGGAAACAUUUAAUAGACUUAAUUGGCAUUUUUGUAUUUCUCAUUAAUAUCUUAAUCACUGAAAAAUAACAGAAAUGUGUUCAGAAGUAGUCAUGGCACCCAUCAAUGAUCUUGUUGUUAAUGCUAUACUACAUCUGUCCUUUCAUAAAUAUAAAAGAACAUCUAUUUUUGCUUGCAUGUAAAUAAACAUUCAUACAAUAUGAUCUCCAGAAUUGA